CCUCCCGGCUCUUUCUUUGCUCUCCAGUCCCCUCCCCCAGCAUGCCUCCCGGCGUGCUUCCCUUCCCCCCGCCUCGCGGUCCCGCACCCUCCCCUCCCCCGCCUCCUGCCUUGUGACACAUCCUGGGCCCUCCCGGAGGCCGUAGCAGCGGCGCGGCGGCCUUGCUGGCCACCACCUCCUCCCUCGCCGCAGCCCAGCUCCAGCCGCGGCCCGCCGCGCUGUCGCCGCAGUCAUGGCUGCUGACGGGGUGGACGAGCGUUCGCCUCUGCUGUCAGCAUCCCAAUCGGGCAAUGUCACUCCCACCGCCCCGCCGUACUUGCAAGAGAGCAGCCCAAGAGCUGAACUCCCACCUCCGUAUACAGCCAUUGCCAGUCCAGGAACCAGUGGUAUUCCUGUGAUCAACUGUCGUGUGUGCCAAUCUCUAAUCAACCUGGAUGGCAAACUCCACCAGCAUGUGGUUAAGUGCACUGUUUGCAGUGAAGCGACGCCAAUCAAAACUCCCCCAACAGGGAAGAAAUAUGUUAGAUGCCCUUGUAAUUGUCUCCUCAUUUGUAAGGACACAUCUCGGCGAAUAGGAUGUCCGAGACCCAACUGUCGACGCAUAAUUAACCUUGGCCCGGUAAUGCUCAUUUCUGAAGAACAGCCGGCUCAGCCUGCAUUGCCAGUCCAGCCGGAAGGCACGAGGGUAGUGUGCGGGCACUGCGGGAACACGUUCCUGUGGAUGGAACUGAGGUUCAACACUCUGGCGAAAUGCCCACACUGCAAAAAAAUCUCCUCGGUAGGUAGCGCCCUUCCCCGGAGACGCUGCUGUGCGUAUGUCACCAUCGGAAUGAUAUGCAUUUUCAUUGCAGUUGGAUUAACUGUUGGCACACAAGAUUUUUCAAGGCGAUUUCAUGCAACCUAUGUGUCUUGGGCAAUUGCUUAUCUGUUAGGUUUGAUUUGCCUUAUCCGAGCCUGUUACUGGGGUGCAAUCCGAGUCAGUUAUCCUGAACACGGUUUUGCUUAAGCCUACCCAGGAAUCCUUGAUGCAGGUGAGAGUGUCCAGUAAGCCUUGAGAAACUCUUCUGGACACCUUCAAAUCACUUAUCCUAAUGGAUUCCACCCUGGUUUGUAUAGUAGUCUCAAGACUGUGUGAGUCUUUUCCAAACAGAUGCUCACUGAAGUACAUUAUAUGCAAGUUCAUUUUGCUGCUAGGUUUUCAGACUUGGAAAAAUAAAGCUGUGUCUUUGUUCUUUUAAAUCAUAAA